CCCUGUGGACUCUUACGUUGCUAGGACGCGCCUUACUUCCGAUGUAAACAAUAAUAUUCAUGCAUUGAAAUCUCUUUCAAAUCAUUUAUAUUUAAUAAUUUAUAGCCUCAAACAUGAGUAUUUUAAACCAAGGCAGGAAUGAAAUUAGAUUUAAUAAUUCAGAAGGGAAAUGCUUGCUUGAAAACUGGGUUGAAGAGAGACAAACACAGAAAUACGACACAAUUAAUGAUGACAAGUGCGAGAGCAAGGCUCAGCUGUUCAGAGAUGGACAUGUUGGAGUUCUAACAAUCAAUGUUGAUUCUAAGCUGGAGUCAGAGACCACAGUGAGGGCAUCAUAUAAGAAACCGGUCCACCCUGGAAUUCCACUGGAAGGCAAAAAGAAUGACCUUAUGAGACAGAUGUAUAUGGAACAAGCAAUUCAAGAUGUAUUUAAAGAUGACAUCAACGUCCCACAGCCUGAACCUUUAGAUUACAAGUCUGUCACUGCCAAAGACUUCAAUAAAGAUGACUUUGUACAUGUACCACCAAAACCAACCAAGAACCACAACUACAGAACCGAACAGCCUGUUUCAUUUUGGAGUGAACACAAAGACCGAAUCACGGGAGUUACGAGUGUGAAGACGAGAGACACGCCGUUCCGACGUAACGACGCCUUCAGCCAGCCUAUAGACGAGUAUUUUGACGACACGAAGCCAUACGAUCAAGAAAACUACCCCAAAAUGUGAUACUUGAAUGAUCAGUGACUUUGACAAUGGUCUAUACCCUGUGAAUAAAAUGUGUUUAUUUUGGAAUUUAUAAUAAAAUAUUUUGUAGUUG